AUGGCGUCUAUCGCCGCAUCUUUGCAGUCUUCGCUGCCGGAACCGAAAUACACGGGCGAAGAUGAAGAAAUCCCCUCGCACGCCAAGCCGCGCGGCCCUCGCAUCGUGGGCGUCGGCCAGAUCGACGAGACGCAGGUCGUGCUGAAGCGCUCCGGCCCGCCGCCAUACGGCCAGCGCGUCGGGUGGCGGCCACGCUCGCAGGAGGACUUUGGCGACGGCGGCGCGUUCCCCGAGGUGCCGGUUGCGCAGUACCCGCUGGACAUGGGCCGAAAGGGGUCGACGACGAGCAACGCGCUGGCGGUGCAGGUGGACGCCGAGGGCAAAGUCAAGUACGAUGCCAUCGCGCGGCAGGGCCACGGCGAAGGCCGCAUCAUCCACACGUCCUUCAAGGACCUGAUCCCGCUGCGGCAGCGCGCCGACGCGGGCGAGAUCGACCUGUCGCGGCCGGACAAGGAGGCGGUGGCGGCUUCGGCCGAGCGGACGCGGGACGCGCUGGCCAAGCUCGUCAGCGGCGCGGUGGCGGCGCAGAAGCCCAAGAACGUCAAUGUCGGGCAGCGCGCGGACCCGACGUUUGUACGGUACACGCCGGCGAGCCAGAUGGGCGACAACUCCAAGAAGCAGGACCGCAUCAUGAAGAUUGUCGAGAAGCAGCGGGACCCAAUGGAGCCGCCCAAGUUCAAGCACAAGAAGAUCCCGCGAGGACCGCCCUCGCCGCCACCGCCCGUCAUGCACUCGCCCCCGAGGAAGCUGACGGCGGAGGACCAGGAGAUGUGGCGGAUCCCCCCGCCGGUAUCCAACUGGAAGAAUCCCAAGGGUUACACAGUGCCGCUGGACAAGCGCUUGGCUGCCGACGGACGAGGACUACAAGACAUUACGAUCAACGACAAGCACGCACAAUUUGCAGAGGCCGUCAAGAUGGCGGAGCGCCACGCGCGCGAGGAGGUGCAGCAGCGUGCUCUCAUGCAGCAACGCCUAGCGGAAAAGGAAAAGAUGCAAAAGGAGGACAACUUGCGGGCGCUGGCCCAAAAAGCCCGCGAGGAGCGCAACGCUGCCGGCAACGCGAGCCGCGGCCGGCGCUACUCGCGUGGCUCUGCCGACUCGCGCGACAGCCGGGACUCGCGCUCCCGGUCGUCGAGCUACGACUCGCGCCGGUCCUCGCGCAGCCGGUCCGGUAGCGAGUCGGAGGGUGAGCGGGCGCGCACCAAAGCGCGCGCGGAGCGGCGCAAGGAGAACGAGCGCAAGCUGCGGCAGAGCCACAUGGGCGCGGAGCGGCAGAUGCAGGCAAUGGCGCGGGAGCAGAACCGCGACAUCUCGGAGAAGAUCCAGCUGGGGCUCGCGAAGCCGACGCAGUCCCGGGAGGCCAUGUACGACUCGCGGCUGUUCAACCAGUCGAGCGGGUUCGACAGCGGGUUCAACGAGGACAACCACUACGACAAGCCGUUGUUCGCGGCGCAGGAUGCCAUCAGCAGCAUCUACCGGCCGCGCGCCAACGUGGGGGAUGAUGACGAGGACGGCGAGGCCGGCGACCGGGAGAUGGCGAAGAUUCAGCGGGCCGGACGGUUCGGGGAGGCGCUGGGCAAGGGCACGUUCAAGGGCGCGGCGGAGGUGGAGGCGCGCGAGGGGCCGGUGCAGUUCGAGAAGGCGGCGGACGAUCCGUUUAACGUGGACAAGUUCCUGUCCGAGGUGGACAAGAAAGGGCCGGGGGGUGAGGGGGGGAGUGGUGGGAAGAGAGAGGGGUAUGGCUUGCAGGAUGAGGAGGACAGAGGCAAGAAGCGCGCACGUGUGGAGGAUGAUGACUAG